UAGAACUCUCUGCUUUCCGUGAUGCACUCGAAGGCAUCACAACAAACUUUGAGCGUCGGUCAGCGCGAGACCAGCGCGCGCGCACAGAUUUUCUAGAAUGCGACGGAUGGCGGAAGAACAACCGACUAAAGAACAAAGCUGCUGGAUGUUAAGUUGGCUCCCCUCUUGGUGCCCCACUUCUCCUUCUCAGCUGAAAAAUGCAGAAGAAAAGAUGCUCAAGACUGUGAAGCAGCCAUUCUCCCGGCAGCACGUCCGAAUAUCACACAGCAGUUAUCUGUGGACCAUAGCCUUUUCCCAUCAGUGGCAACCACGCUCCAUCUCACUCCCCCACCUCCAGACAGGGGCCAGGUUUCCUCUGGUUCUGCUGCACGGUUUUGGAGGUGGGGUUGCGCUCUGGACUCAGAAUCUGGACUCUCUCUCCAGCAGCGGGCCAGUCUACGCGCUAGACCUACUGGGAUUCGGCCGGAGCAGCCGUCCACAGUUCAGCACUGACCCGGAGGAAGCUGAGGAUCAGUUCCUGGAUGCUCUGGAGAAAUGGAGGGAGAAGGUGGGACUGGAGGAAAUGGUGCUGCUGGGACAUAAUCUGGGCGGAUAUCUGGCUGCUGCCUACACCCUAAAAUACCCUCACAGGGUAAAACGUCUGAUUCUGGUGGAGCCGUGGGGGUUCCCAGCACGUCCAGAGAACCCCAACCAUAGCUCCAUCCCAGUGUGGAUCAGAGCUAUGGCGGCCUUCGUGAGCCCCUUUAACCCCCUGGCUGGACUCAGACUGGCUGGUCCUCUAGGCCCAAUGCUGGUUCAGACAAUCAGGUCAGAUUUCAAACAGAAAUACUCUUCUAUGUUUGACGACCACACCGUGUCCGACUACAUCUACCAUCUGAACGCUCAGACUCCAAGUGGAGAAACAGCCUUUAAGAACAUGACUGUUCCCUACGGGUGGGCUAAGAGGCCUAUGUUGGAGAGGAUUGGUCACAUCCAAGCUGACAUUCCCAUUUCCUUCAUCUAUGGCUCCCGCUCCAGCAUUGACAGUGACUCUGGAUAUGCGUUCAAGAAAACCAGGCCUGACGUGGAGAUCACAGUGAUCAGGGGAGCGGGUCAUUAUGUUUUUGCCGACCAGCCAGAUGACUUCAACCAGACCGUCCAUCAGAUACUUGUCCGAACAGAGAGGAAAGACGGAGGUGAAAGGCUGAAGCACUGAUAGCUUAACAAAAACAUACACAGGACUGAUUACACAACCAUACGCCUCUUUAUCUCGCACUUUACUCAUAAAAGACACCCAUCAGUGCCUUCGGACACGUUGCUCACUGUUACACGGACAAACACUCUUUAAAUACAUUCUUCUCAAGUCAAACUCAUGUGAAGGAUAAUUUGUAAAUAAAUGUUCGAUGUAGUGGUA